AUGCCCGUCCAUCACCUCAUGAUAGGCACCUGGACCCCUCCGGGUGCCAUUUUCACUGUCGCUUUUGACGAUGAGAAGCUGACCCUCGAGCUCGUCAAGCGUACCGAGAUUCCCCAGGACGAACCCAUCUCAUGGAUGACCUUUGAUCACAAGAAGAAGAAUAUUUACGGCGCGGCCAUGAAGAAGUGGUCAUCCUAUGCCGUCGAGUCACCAACGUCCAUCACCCACACGGCCUCCCACCCCAUGACCCAUGAGCCCGAAGCCUCCUCCGCCUCGACCAACACGCGCGCCAUCUUCCUCCUCGCCGCGCAGAAGCCGCCCUACGCCGUCUACGCGAACCCCUUUUACAACCAUGCCGGCCACGGCACCGUCUACGGUGUCGACGAGGCCGGCACCCUGGCCGCCGACUCCGUCCACCACUUCCCCCUCGACCCCCACUCGGGCAUCCACGGCUCCGUCUUUGACCCGACAGAGUCCUACCUCUACUCGGCCGACCUCCGCGCCAACAAGAUCUGGACCCACGCCAAGGACCCCGUCACGGGCGCCCUGACCCUCGUCGACGGCCAGGCCGCGCCCGACGCCGGCGACCACCCGCGCUGGACCGCCAUGCACCCCUCGGGCACCCACCUCUACGCCCUCAUGGAGGCCUCGAACAAGAUCCGCGUCUACCGCAUCAACCCGACCACUCACGUCCCCGAGUACACGGGUGCCCACUACCCCCUCAUCCCGCCCGGCAUCCCCAACCCCAAGACCAUGUACCGCGCCGACGUCUGCGCCCUGACCCAGUCGGGCCGCUACCUCUUCGCCUCGUCGCGCGCCAACGACUUUGGCCUGACCGGCUAUAUUGCCGCCUUUAAGCUCCGCGACGACGGCGAAAUCGAGCGCCAAAUCUGCCUCAACCCCACCCCGACGAGCGGCGGCCACAGCAACGCCGUCGCGCCGUGCGACUGGUCCGACGAGUGGGUCGCCAUCACCGACGACCAGGAGGGCUGGCUCGACAUGUACAGGUGGCAGGACGAGUUCCUCGCGCGCGUCGCCCGCCUGCGCAUCCCCGAGCCGGGCUUUGGCAUGAACGCCAUCUGGUACGACUAG